AACGAAGAUCAGGAACAGCUUUGAAGAGAUGCAAAGUGAAUUGGUGUCAGUCAGCAUGUCAGAAACAGAGCACAUAGCCUCCAUUUCCUCUGAUCAAAAUAUUGAGAAAACAUCUGAAAUAAAGGAAGACUCAUGCAAUUCGUUUUCUGGUGAUGAAAACAGCAGCUUGGAAAAUGAGUCCAAACUGUUGUCAUUAAACUUUGAUAAAACUUUAUGUCAGCCUAGUGAACACAAUAAUCAAAUUGAAACAAAGGAAAAUUAUAUUCCAGAUCAUGGUGGAGGUGAGGAUUCUUGUGCUAAAACAGACAUAUGCCCAGAAAAUUCUGAACAAAUAGCUAAUUUUCCUGGUGGAGAUUUUACAAAGCAAGUUUUGAAAACAAAUGAAGCAGAACAAACAGUAACACAAAUAUUGGCGGAAUUAAGGUCAUCUACAUUUACAGAAGCAGCUAAUCAAAAGACCUAUUCAGAGAGUCCUUAUGAUACAGACUGCACCAAGAAACUUAUUUCAAAAAUGAAGAAUGUUUCAACAUCAGAGGAUUUGUUGGAAGAAAUAGAAUCUGAGCUCUUAUCUACUGAGUUUGCAAAAGAACACCGACUACCAAAUGGAAUGAAUAAGGGAGAAAAUGCAUUAGUUAUGUUUGAAAAGUGUGUGCAAGAUAAGCAUUUGCAGCAGGAGCAUACCAUAAAGAAGUUAAUUAAAGAAAAUAAGAAGCAUCAGGAACUUAUCUUAGACAUUUGUUCAGAAAAAGACAAUUUAAGAGAAGAACUAAAAAAAAGAACAGAAACCGAGAAGCAGCAUAUGAACACAAUUAAACAGUUAGAAUCAAGAAUAGAGGAACUUAAUAAAGAAGUUCAAGCUUCCAAAGAUAAAGUACUAGCUCAAGACAUUGCAACUAAAAAUGCAAUUCAGCAAUUACACAAAGAGAUGGCCCAUCGGAUGGAACAGGCCAACAAGAAAUGUGAAGAGGCACGCCAGGAAAAAGAAGCAAUGGUAAUGAAGUAUGUAAGAGGCGAGAAGGAAUCUUUAGACCUUCGAAAGGAAAAAGAGAUACUUGAAAAAAAACUUAGAGAUGCAAAUAAAGAAUAUGAGAAAAACACUAACAAAAUUAAGCAACUUUCUCAGGAGAAAGGACGGCUGCACCAGCUGUAUGAAACAAAGGAAGGUGAAACUACUAGACUCAUCAGAGAAAUAGACAAAUUAAAGGAAGAUAUCAACUCUCAAAUCAUUAAAGUAAAAUGGGCACAAAACAAAUUAAAAGCAGAAAUGGAUUCACACAAGGAAACCAAAGAUAAACUCAAAGAGACAACAACAAAAUUAACUCAAGCAAAGGAAGAAGCAGAUCAAAUUCGGAAAAAUUGUCAGGAUAUGAUAAAAACAUAUCAGGAGUCAGAAGAAAUUAAAUCAAAUGAGCUUGAUGCCAAGCUUAGAGUCACAAAAGGAGAACUUGAAAAACAAAUGCAAGAAAAAUCUGACCAGCUAGAAAUGCAUCAUGCCAAAAUAAAGGAACUAGAAGAUCUGAAGAGGACAUUUAAGGAGGGCAUGGAUGAGCUACGAACACUGAGAACAAAGGUAAAAUGUCUAGAAGAUGAACGAUUGAGAACAGAAGAUGAAUUAUCAAAAUAUAAGGAAAUUAUUAAUCGCCAAAAAGCUGAAAUUCAGAAUUUAUUGGACAAAGUGAAAAUUGCAGGUCACAUACAGGAGCAGCAUCAAAGAGGUAAACAAGAAAUUGAAAAUUUGAAGGAAGAAGUGGAAAGUCUUAAUUCUUUGAUUAAUGACCUACAAAAAGACAUCGAAGGCAGUAGGAAAAGAGAAUCUGAGCUACUACUGUUUACAGAAAAGCUCACUAGUAAGAAUGCACAACUUCAAUCUGAAUCCAAUUCUUUGCAGUCACAGUUUGAUAAACUUUCCUGUAGUGAAAGUCAGUUACAAAGCCAAUGUGAACACGUGAAACAGACAAAUAUUAAUUUGGAAAGUAGAUUGUUAAAAGAAGAAGAACUGCGAAAAGAGGAAGUCCAGACUCUGCAAGCUGAACUCACUUGUAGACAAACCGAAGUUAAAGCAUUGAGUACCCAGGUCGAAGAAUUAAAAGAUGAAUUAGUAACUCAAAGACGUAAGCAUGCCUCUAGUGUCAAGGAUCUUACCAAACAACUUCAGCAAGCACGAAGAAAGUUAGAUCAGGUUGAGAAUGGAAGCUAUGAUAAAGAAGUCAGCAGCAUGGGAAGUCGUUCUAGUUCAUCAGGGUCCCUCAAUGCUCGAAGCAGUGCAGAAGAUCGAUCUCCAGAAAAUACUGGGUCGUCAGUAGCUGUGGAUAACUUCCCAGAAGUAGACAAGGCCAUGCUGAUUGAGAGGAUAGUAAGGCUGCAAAAGGCACAUGCUCGGAAAAAUGAAAAGAUAGAAUUUAUGGAGGAUCACAUCAAACAAUUGGUGGAAGAAAUUAGGAAAAAAACAAAAAUAAUUCAGAGUUACGUUUUACGAGAAGAAUCAGGCACACUUUCUUCAGAGGCAUCUGAUUUUAACAAAGUCCAUUUAAGUAGACGGGGUGGCAUCAUGGCAUCUUUAUACACAUCCCAUCCAGCUGACAGUGGAUUAACAUUGGAACUCUCUUUGGAGAUCAGCCGAAAACUACAGGCUGUUUUGGAGGAUACGUUAUUGAAAAAUAUUACUUUGAAGGAAAAUCUGCAAACACUUGGAACAGAAAUAGAACGUCUUAUUAAACACCAGCAUGACCUAGAACAGAGGAUGGAGAAAACCUAACACAAAGUUCUUCCUCAGUAAACAGACAAAAGCUACACAGGGAGCAGGUGCCAUUGCCCAGUAUUGUUGGAAACUUUUCCCUGCUUUGUGUGUCAGCCAGUAAAAAAUUUGUUUUGCUUCAUCUGUAUGAAAAAGUACCUUUUUACAAUACAAGUGCAUUGCUGUGUAUACUGUAAGAAUGUAAGCUUUGAUGAAACUUGUUUUUGUGUGGUGACAGCCUGUCAUUGAAUCAGAACAACUUAUUUAAUUUGCUGAUAGUCAUAUGAAGUGCUGAACAUUAUGAUAAGGGCUUUU